CUUAUUAAUAAGCGGCCCUCCGUGUCCUGGUUUCAUAUCCAUACAUUAAUUUCUUAAGUUGUCCGCAUCUCAAGGUUAUAAUUUUACCCUUCUCAGGCUCGUUGCUUAUACUUCAACCGCAAUCUUGUUCUCUCUGCAACUUUCUUUCGGCAUGGAAACUAUUGCUUCUCCUUCUUCUUCUACGACUUCACUUUUUUAUUCCUCAAACAAGGCGAAUAACCUUAAUUCUAAAACACUCUUUUCCAACCUGUACAAAACCAAAAAAACAAGAUCUUAUCCCUUCUUUAAAUCAGUCAAAGGCAUUCAAUCUCCUGAACCCGCUUCUAAAAACCCUACUCUCUCGUCUUUCUCCCGCGGGGCUCUCACUUUCUCUCCCUCAGAGACCGCUGAUAUUUUGCCGCGGAAGCUCCAUCAUUUCAUCACCGAGUUUCAAUCUUUGACGGAACCUAUCGACCGUGUUAAGCGUCUUCUCGACUAUUCAACACUCUUGCCUUCUCUCCCGGACUCUUCCCGGGUGGACUCGAACCGAGUGAUGGGCUGCACUGCCCAGGUCUGGCUCGAGGCUACGCUGGAUAAAGAUGAUAAAAUGAGAUUUAGAGCUGAUAGUGAUUCGGAGAUUGCGAGGGGGUUUUGUUACUGUUUGGUUUCGGUUUUUGAUGGGGCGGCACCUGAGGAGGUGUUGAGAGUGAGGACGGAGGAUUUGGCGGCGUUGAAUGUGGGGUUACUUGGUGGGGAGAGGUCGAGGGUGAACACAUGGCAUAAUGUUUUGAUUAGCAUGCAAAAAAGGACUAAACUUUUGGUAGCAGAGAGAGAAGGAAAGGCGUUGUUUGAGCCUUUUCCGUCUUUGGUUGUGACCAAAGAUGGUGUUCAAGCCAAAGGUAGCUAUGCUGAGGCCCAGGCGAGAUAUUUGUUCCCUGAUGAGUCUACAGUUUUAGAACUUGUCAACGAGCUAAAGGAGAAGAAAAUUGGCAUCGUUGCUCAUUUUUACAUGGACCCCGAAGUCCAAGGUGUCUUAACUGCUGCACAGAAGCAUUGGCCCCACAUUCAUAUAUCUGAUUCAUUGGUCAUGGCUGACACAGCUGUGAAGAUGGCUAUAGCUGGAUGCCAAUUCAUAACAGUUCUAGGUGUAGAUUUCAUGUCAGAAAAUGUGCGUGCAAUUCUUGAUCAGGCCGGCUUUCAAAAUGUUGGUGUGUACAGGAUGUCAGACGAGCGCAUUGGUUGUUCUCUGGCUGAUGCUGCAGCUACGCCUGCUUAUAUGAAUUACCUUGAGGCUGCUUCUAGUUGUCCUCCUUCUAUGCAUGUUAUCUACAUCAAUACUUCACUUGAGACAAAAGCUUAUGCUCAUGAACUUGUGCCUACAAUUACCUGUACUUCUUCUAAUGUUGUGCAAACUAUUUUGCAGGCAUUUGCUCAGAUUCCAGAUUUGACCGUAUGGUAUGGGCCUGACUCUUACAUGGGUGCAAAUAUUGCAAAGCUAUUCCAACAGAUGACUGUAAUGAGUGAUGCAGAGAUUGCUGGAAUCCAUCCAAAACACAAUAGAGACUCAAUUAAAUCAUUGCUACCUCGCCUGCAUUAUUAUCAGGAUGGUACAUGUGUUGUACAUCAUCUUUUUGGGCAUGAAGUUGUGGAGAAGAUCAAUGAAAUGUAUUGUGAUGCGUUCUUAACUGCACAUCUUGAAGUCCCAGGAGAAAUGUUCUCUUUGGCAAUGGAAGCAAAGAAAAGAGGAAUGGGGGUGGUGGGUUCCACUCAGAAUAUUCUAGAUUUCAUAAAACAAAGGGUUCAAGAGGCAUUAGAUAGAGAUGCCAAUGACCACCUCCAAUUUGUGUUGGGAACAGAGACAGGAAUGGUGACUUCAAUUGUUGCAGCAGUCCGCAGUUUGUUCGGCUCUGCAAAGUACUCUUCAGGGGAAGCAAAAGUUAAUGUUGAAAUUGUCUUUCCUGUUUCAUCAGACUCAAUGACAGGAACAUCAACUAGUUCAUCUCCAAGCCUAAAUUCGGUUAAUUUGGGUGAUGUCAUUUUACCUAUUAUACCUGGAGUUGCUAGUGGAGAGGGGUGUUCUAUUCAUGGUGGCUGUGCAUCCUGUCCAUAUAUGAAGAUGAAUUCUCUGACGUCACUAUUGAAAAUCUGCCACCAUUUGCCUGAUGAGAACAAUAAGCUAAAGGCAUAUGAAGCAGAGCGAUUUAAGUUGCGAACCCCUCUAGGAAAAUCAAUUGCUGAUGUUGGGUGUGAGCCGAUAUUACACAUGAGACACUUCCAGGGUAAGAAAGAAUUGCCGGAGAAGCUUGUGAAUCAGGUCCUUCAUCCUUAUGGCAGUGGGAGGUCAACAUUAUCAAGUUGAGAAUAUAUUCCCCAAAAUUUAUUGAAGCAGCACCGGUUCACUGAAAGUUGGAAGAAGGGAAUGGGGAGCCAACCACAGGUGGGAAGUCUUUUGAAGGAGAGGCUGUUGGCAAGGAGGGAUUCUGAAAAUAAAGCUAUUUUAUGAUAGGAUUUUGGUGUACAAUUUUAGUUAUGAACAGCUUCUAUUGGUCGGUCUUUCUCUCCUGGUGGUUAAUUAGAUUUUUUACAUAAUGGUUGAGAGUUAGGCUUAUAAGAAAUAAAUGGAAUGAGGUUGAAUUUCAUUUUACCUUUCAUUUCUAUUGUAAUAACUACACAUUACUUCUCUUUGAUUAAUUAUGCACAUUCUGACAAUAAUUUUCCUUUGACCUUCAA